AAGGAGAGAAAAGUAAAAAGAGAAGAGGAAAAAAUAGAGAACGAUAUGAAAACAGGCAGGUGAAGAGCAGGUGGGACGACGAUGAUGAGCCACAGUACGACCCAAACAAAAGAAUCAAAGCAGAGCCAGACCAAGAGGAAGGGAGCAGUAGCAGAGAACGCGACGGCAGGAGACUUGCUGAAGACCAAGGUGGGAGAAGGGAUCGCCGAGAAGGACCAAGGGAGAUCCAGGCAGAGAAUGGGAGAUCUAGAGGCAACGUUGAGGAGGCGAGAGCAGGGGUGAAGAUGAACGCGGAAGACAAUGUCCAGGAGGAGGAGGAGGUGCAGAAGCCAAACAUGGGACUCUCAGGAAAACUGACCGAAGACACAAAUACCUACAAUGGGGUCGUGAUCAAGUAUUCGCAACCUCCUGAGGAGAAACCCAAGAGAAGAUGGAGAUGGUAUAUAUUCAAAGGUGAAGAAGACCUGCCGUUCUUGCCGCUCCACCGACAGAGUGCCUACCUCAUCGGCAGAGACCGCAAAGUUGCAGAUCCAACAGACCACCCGUCCUGCUCCAAACAACAUGCCGUCCUCCAGUACCGACUUGUGACCUACAACCGAGAAGAUGGGACGAAAGGUCGCACAGUAAAGCCAUACAUCCUAGACCUUGAAUCUGCCAACGGUACGUAUGUCAACAACCGCCGCAUCGAGCCGCGUCGGUAUGUGGAAUUGCUCGAGAAGGACGUCGUGAAGUUCGGCUACAGCUCAAGGGAAUACAUCCUCCUGCAUGAGGGCUCAAAGGGCGAAGACAGAAUGCGCCUGAUACGGGCUUGGCGACAGAAAGCCGAGGCUCUCACGGAAGCCGAGUCUCGAAUCUCGGCCCUCGAGGACGACCGGAAGAAGCUAGAGGAGGCUUGGCAACAGAAUGCCGAGGCUCUCUCUGAAGCUGAGUCUCGCAUCUCGACUCUCGAGGACGACCGGACGAGGCUGGAGGAAGCACUCAAGAUGAAAUCAUAG